UCAACUAGCAGAAAUUCAUUCAUCUAAUUUUCGAUUCAUCCAUGAUUACCCUCAGUUUUUGGUUUGGCACAGACUUUUCAUUCAUGAUUUUGAAACCCGAAUGAUGUCCAUUGAUUCUGAUUUAACUUUACCUUAUUGGGAUGCUGCUAAUGAUUUUGAUGCUCCACAUGAAGCUGAAGUCUUUUCAUCCCACGCUUUUGGCGGUAAUGGUUCACCAGAUGAUAAUUAUUGUCUUACAGAUGGAUUUAUGGCGGGUCUAAAAGUCAAUUAUCCAUGGACACGUUGUGUAAAGCGUGAUUUUCAAGGACCCCAUCCUGACACUAUUCAUUCCUGGCAUUCACCAGUGUUUAUAACUUCGUUGAUUCAAACCUCUUCAAAUUAUGAUGAAUUCCGGCAAACUUUAGAGCAUUCACUGCAUAAUGCAAUCCAUUUCUCUAUUGGUGGAUUUAAUGGUGACUUUAGUAGAUCUCAUCACCAGUUGACUCUCUUUUUUUCCUGCACCACGCCAAUAUUGAUCGUAUCUAUGCUAAGUGGCAAUUUUCCCACCCUCAUCAUUUAGAUGCCAUUGAUGGUCGCCAACUUACUACCAGCGGCUAUGAAACUUACAUAACACAUGAUUACCGAUUGGUUCAUUAUAACGUUCGAGCUGGAGAUUUACUGCGUACCCUGGAAGAACCUCUUUGUUACUCAUAUGAUGACAUAAUUUCAGAUAAACCUAAAUUAUCCAACGCAGUUGAACAUCGACUCCGUCUAUUACCCAAAAAACUACUGAAAAAAUAUUUCCCAAAGUUCUUUGCUGGGGAAGAGUCUGAUAUGAAUCAUGAUUUUUCCGACAUGCGAUCAUUAUCCACUCUUAGUCAACCUCUUCCUGCUCCUCUUGCUUUACCCAAAGAGUUUUUUGAAAGAAUGGGAUUCAAUGUAUCUCGUGGACUCGACGUUCAAAAGCGAGUCUUAAAGUUUGUUAAUGAAAUGAAUAAUUAUAAUAAACGCAUAAAGUCACUUGUAACAUAAA